UUUAUCCAAAUAGGUUUCAUCCCGAUUUCACCACCUGUAAAUUAGUAGGUGGGUGGUAGGUCCCAAAACCAGUACACCAGUCCCAUUCCCUAGGGUUUUAACCUCAAGAGAGUGAAAAAUGCCUCCCAUGGAAGAGGAAGAAGAAGAAGCAGCAGCAACUCCAACGCCGCUGCCGAAGAAGAGAGGCCGACCGAGGAAAGACAAGCCCAAGGAGGAGAGAGAGAGGGAAGAGACUCCGGCCGAGAAGAUGAGGGAGAAGAAGCAGCCCCACCAUGCCUCCACCGUCGACGAGAAGUACAUGCAGUGGAAGUCUCUCGUGCCUGUGCUCUACGACUGGCUCGCCAAUCACAACCUCCUCUGGCCCUCUCUCUCCUGCCGGUGGGGUCCACAACUUGAACAAGGGAAAUUUAAGAAUAGGCAACGUCUCUACCUUUCGGAGCAGACUGACGGCAGUGUUCCGAAUACACUUGUUAUUGCAAAUUGUGAAGUUGUCAAAUCUAGAGUUGCAGCUGCGGAGCAUGUAGCUGAGUUCAAUGAAGAAGCACGCUCGCCAUUCGUGAAGAAGUACAAAACUAUCAUACAUCCUGGAGAGGUUAAUAGAAUCAGGGAACUUCCGCAAAACAAUAACAUAGUCGCAACCCAUACUGACUGUCCUGAAGUUUUCAUUUGGGAUGUUGAAGCCCAACCUAACCGUCAUGCUGUCCUUGGAGCAGCUGAUUCUCGUCCAGAUUUGGUAUUGACUGGACAUCAAGAGAAUGCCGAAUUUGCACUGGCCAUGUGUCCUUCUGAGCCUUUGGUGCUCUCUGGAGGGAGAGACAAGUCUGUUGUUUUGUGGAGUAUUCAAGAUCAUGUAUCGACAUUGACAACCGAUGCAGCCACCAAACCUGCAGGAUCUUCUGGAUCAGUCAUUAAAUCUGCUGAUAACUCUUCAAUUGGGCCACGAGGGAUCUUCCAGGGCCAUGAGGACACAGUUGAAGAUGUGCAGUUCUGUCCAUCCAGUGCACAGGAGUUCUGCAGCGUAGGUGAUGAUUCCUGCCUAAUAUUAUGGGAUGCACGAGUCGGCUUGAACCCAACUGUCAAGGUUGAAAAAGCACAUAAUGCUGAUCUUCACUGUGUUGAUUGGAAUCCUCAUGAUUCAAACCUUAUUCUAACUGGGUCUGCUGAUCAAUCUGUUCGCAUGUUUGAUCGUCGAAAUCUAAUUUCCAAUGGAGUGGGGUCACCCAUCCAUAAGUUUGAAAGUCACAAAGCUGCUGUUCUCUGCGUUCAGUGGUCACCGGACAGGCCAUCUGUCUUUGGAAGUUCUGCAGAGGAUGGCUUAUUAAAUAUUUGGGACUACGAGAAGGUUGGUGAAACACGGGAACAUGGGGGAAGAACACCACAUUCUCCACCAGGAUUGUUUUUCCAACAUGCUGGGCACAGGGACAAAGUUGUGGACUUCCACUGGAAUGCAGCUGACCCGUGGACCAUUGUUAGUGUGUCUGACGACUGUGAUACGUCCGGUGGAGGUGGAACAUUACAGAUAUGGCGAAUGAGCGAUUUGAUCUACCGGCCCGAAGAGGAGGUUGUGGCUGAGCUUGAGAAGUUCAAGUCCCACGUGAUCGAAUGUACUUCAAAGUCUUGAAAAUCAUGCGAGAGGCGCGAUGCUGAAGAGGAUUGUUGAGGACUCUUAUUAAUUAGCUGUAGAAGUUUCCAUCACGUUGUUAGGAGAAAAUGAUUGGAAUGAAUUAGUGACAGUAUAGUUGACUAGUUUAGCUGUUUCAGAUGCUGGAAGUGAAAUCGAGUAUGGAGAUUGUAGAAUGUGGAGCUUGGUCUGUAUUUUGGUUUGCUUUCCAUUAAAACGGUAGUAUGUACUAAAGCUUAUGAGGCCAAGUUGGAUCUUGAUACGAAAGCACUGUUCUGGUUACAUGGAAGGGCAUCCAAUUCAAUGA